UGAUGGAUUUGGGGAAUCCCAGAAUUUCUGGGACACUGUAGCAAUCUGGACAGUUUUUGAGCGCCAACUAUGCACCAGCCACUAUCCCUUAGUGCCUGUGAUGCACCAGCCACUCUGCCUCUGUGGCUGGUAAAGCAAAAUACCGGGUUCAACCACAAACAAAAAGGACAAAAACCUUUGCCCUCAUGGAGCAAAAACAGAGGGGGAAACAGAUCCCCCUCUUUUAUGUGAAUUAUUUUAUGUAAAUAAAAGCUUUAGUAUGUUGGGUCAUGCAGGUGUAAGGAAAACCAGCAUUUCACCCUCGGAGGCACGAACUCGUGGCUGUCACACGGCAGGCGGUGCGCACCCCCAUGCCAACGAGAGAAAGCUUUCCGGCGCGUGCUCGGCGCGUGCUCGGCGCGCAUGCCUGCUUGCGGGGAGACUAGAGGCCGUUCCCAGAGCCGCGGUGCACACGCCGCAGGCCGGCCAGGGAACGAAGAUGUAUACAGCAGAGGUCCUCGCGUAAGAAGCCGCCCCAGGUGCCUCAAACCCAAAAGGAAUGCAUGAGGUACCAGGGGAAGUUUAAAGGCACAGCUCUAAAGUUUCCUCAGUUUCGCCUAAUGUCUUAGCUGUGAUGAAGUGGCUCAGCCCACUGGGGGCCUUCGAUGUGGAGGAAGGAACCUGUGGAACAGUUUUGUUGUGAAGAGAGCUUCCUGUGUUCCAGGGCACACCGCGUCAGUCUCCUCAGCCCUUUAAGUGACAUCCCUUUGAGUGAUGGGCUCUUGCAACAGAUGGAGAAAUGCUCCUGAUUCUAAGGAGGAGAACCUUUAUGUUCAAGUCCUUGCUGUAAAACUGAACAUUACUCAAACAAGAUAUUAUCCAAAUAUCAACGCAGAUCCAGAUCCUCUGAACUUUCCUCUUCUGUGAUUCAUCAUAGAUGCCAUCAUUUGUUUUCUGAAAGCCCCCAGGAACAUGGUGUUUUGUUACUGGGGACAAGACCUGAUUCUCGAAUUGCAGUAGCAACAGCCAUCCAGAGCCAUCAGAAGAGUGACUACCUUCAUGCUGAGCUAGAGGCACUUGAGUACACUUGAGAUCCAUCUGACCCAAUUCCUCGUUCCAAGGUAGAAUGAAGCCACACCAGAUUUUGUGACUUCAAGGUGGGUGAUAUGGCUGGAAAUAAGGUGCAAAGUCUUUAAGCAACCAUAGGAUAUUGGGUCUCUCAUUACCUGUGCCCAGAACACCUGAUUAGAUUCCAUGGCGAGUACAAAUAACGUGACCAAGUUAAUUAUCGUCGGUCUUUUCCAGGAUCCAGAGGUGCAGAGAGGGUGCUUUGUGGUGUUUCUUCUGGUGUACUUGGCCACAGUGGUGGGCAAUGGUCUCAUUGUUCUGACAGUCAAUGUCAGUAAGAGUCUGCGUUCCCCCAUGUACUUCUUCCUUAGCUACUUGUCCCUGGUGGAGAUCACUUACUCCUCCACUGUUGUCCCUAAAUUCAUCACAGACUUACUUGCCAAGAUUAAAACCAUCUCCCUGGAGGGCUGUGUGGCUCAGAUAUUCUUCUUCCACUUCUUUGGAGUUACUGAGAUCUUCCUGCUGACGGUAAUGGCCUAUGACCGCUACGUGGCCAUUUGCAAACCCCUUCACUACACAACUAUCAUGAGCCGGUCUGUGUGUCGCCUUCUGGUGGCUGGAUCCUGGCUCGGGGGCUUUUUUCAUUCCAUGGUCCAGAUUAUUAUUACUCUCCAGUUGUCUUUCUGUGGUCCCAAUGUGAUUGACCACUACUUCUGUGACCUCCAUCCGUUAUUCAAGCUUUCCUGCACUGACACUUCUGUGGAGGGGGUUAUUGUGUUGGCCAACAGUGGAUUAUUUUCUAUCUUCUCCUUCCUCCUCCUGGUGUCCUCCUAUAUUGUCAUCCUGUACAACCUGAGGAACCAUUCUGCAGAGGGGAGGCGCAAAGCCCUCUCCACCUGUGCCUCUCACAUCACUGUGGUCCUCUUGUUCUUUGGACCUGCCAUCUUCCUCUACAUGCGGCCUCCCUCUACUUUCACUGAGGACAAACUGGUGGCCGUGUUCUACACAGUUGUCACCCCCAUGCUGAACCCCAUCAUCUACACACUCAGGAAUGCAGAGGUGAAAAAUGCCAUGAGGAAGCUGUGGGGGAAGAGAAUGAAUUCAGGGAGGGACUAAAAAUGAAAACAUGAAAAAAUUAUCAUGUCUAAGGGGUGACCAAAUAUGCAUUCUGAUUUCAGUCAAGUCUGAGGGAUUGAGGAAAAGUUAACCUGUUUGUCUAUAUAUACAUAUAUAGAUUUAUAUAUUUAUAUUUUGUAUUUAGAUGAGCCCCUUGUAUUCCAUUGCACUAAUCACAGCUGCACCAAUUCAUUGCUGUCUGUAGUUUGGAGAAUGUUUUGGAGAAGAGCUGCAUCUCUUCUCUUCUUCUGUUGCCCAUAGUUGGAAGCACCACAGCCUUCAGGGAGGGAUUACCUAGACUGUGAAUUCCCACCCUGUUGUUUUCUACCUGUGCAACCUUGGGUUCAUUCACUUUGCCUCUUGGUGUUAGCGUGCUGUGGGGUGUGGAAAGUCUGUGGCACUUGGAGACAGAAGUUUAUGUUUUGCUUUGUCCUUCUCUGAUAGUGUUGUGAGAUCUUGUGGGAGUCCCACGGAGGCUUUUAUACUUCAUUUGGUACCCCUGCUUUAUUUACCUGAUUCUAAUGCCUGAAAUUCCUCAUUAUGAGCCUUAUUUCACAGGAAUAAGAUAUUGUUAGAAUGGAAAUGUCUCUUGGAUGUGAAAUACAGUGAAGGUAUUGUUAACCAUUAAUUUGGACAAUUUUAGAAGACCUUUUUCUUUCUAGACAGUUGCUGUCUGGGCACUGGGGUGUUGCUUAAGCCAGAUACAGCUCAUUGACUGUUUUUGUAUGGCCUAAAAACCAGCAUGGUUUUUAUACUUAAAAAAAAUCAAAGUCGAAAAAUAUUUGUUGAUAUAUGAAUUUUAUAGGAGUAUAAGGUUUUAGUGUUCAUAAAUAGGUUACUGGACUAUGGUCAUGCCAAUUACUUUUUCUCUAUGGUAGCCUUUGUGAUAUAGUAGCAUGGUUGAGUGGUUGUCAUGGAGACUGUAUGGUCUGCAAGGCCUAAAAUAUGUCACCCUUUUCAGGAAAAGUUUGGCAACCCCUGACUUAAAUCAUAUAACAUGUAUUGCUUACUUGACAAGAAGUUUGGGGGCCAGCAAUUCUAGGGUUGUUUUGUUAAUUCUGUGAUGCCAGAGCACCUGGUUUGUGUGUCUUGAAUUCUCUUGGCUGCCCCCUGCCCCAUGGCAGCAGGAGGGCUGCAGCACAUCUAGGUAUUAUAUGCUAAUGUGAGGGGAAGGAGGGGCUCUCAUUUUAUUUCGGAAAUAUUUCCAGAGACCCCUCAGAACAAUUCUUGUAUAUUUUUUUAUUGGCCAGAACGGAAAAUUUUCUUAUUUCUAACCGCAUGUCCAUGCCUAGAUGUGAGGGAGGCUGGGAGAGUGAAUGGUGGUAAAGAGGAAUGGGAUUGUGUUACCAGUUUAGAUUAGACACUGUGUUUCUCCUGGGCUGGGCAUAUCGGUGUUUGAACAAGGUCAGGGUUGUCAUUAGGAAGAGAUGUCUGCCAUGGGGAGUGUUGGUAGAUGUGAUAUCUGGGAGGGUGGUGCCCCUGGACAUAGUGGAUGGAUUUGAAUUGGUGCCAGAGUGACUGACCAAAAUCCAGCUCAAUCACUUGGUGGCUCAGCCUCAGGCACGUGACCAAAACUCUUGAUCCAGGGUCCUUGGCAUGCACGCGUGGGUCAAGUGCAAGAAACCUUUUCCAUAAUGUGACAGUUUUCCUGUGAAUGCAUCUACUUUAAUUUCCCUCUAGGGAAUGAAGGAAUGAAGCCCUGGGCUGAGUGCCUGAGGGUUGUGAAUAGAAGCCAAACGAUCCUACUGUAGGUCAAAAUAAAUUCUAUCAUUUAAGGUCUGUAUAUCCUGAGAUGAGUAUUCCUAGUAAAUAAAUCAUAUUUUUAUGCAUGGAAGAAACAUUUGAUAGCAUAUGGAGAUUUGAGUGUUUGGGAUACAUAGUGAGGUACUAAAAACAUUUUUAAAUCUAACAUCUUGCAUUAUCCUUUUUCUUCCAAUUACAUAUCUCUGCAAGGCUGAAUUUUCUCCAUAUGUUUCAACAAAGACAACAUACCCAGCAGAUUGAAUACACAAGCCAAUGUGAGAAUUCAGCUGUAUCUCUUAAGCCAAAUAUUAAGGGUAUUUGCAAAAACUCAAACAAUGCCAUUUUGCAUUAAUUAUUUCCAUUUGCAUUAAUUAAUUUUGUCAUAAUUAUUUUCCACAAAAGACAUUAUGUGAUUGUAAACAGAAACAAAGAAAGAAAAAGAAAGAAAGAAAAACCAAACCACCUGCAGGUCUUGAUGGCAAGGAUGAGUCUCGUUUGCAUAUAUAGCUCUACAUCCAGAGUUCUGGGCCAAUUCAAUACAAAGAAAGUCACCAAGCAGCAAUUUGCUAAAAAUUCGCUACUUCACUAAUUGGCAAUUUGCUAAUUCCCCAAGCAGAAAUUUGCUAACACUGAACUUCUGAUUAAUCGGACAUAUAUAUCGAUUAAGCCUUUAUAAAAUUCAUGGCACUUAUGUUUUGCUGCAGCCUGUGAUGAGCAAUAUAUUUGGGGGAAAUUUUUGUGUGUGUUGAAUUUCAGCUUUUUUGGAAAUAAUAAAUAUCAAGAAUUUUAUGUAUGUUUGUUUCUCUCUUCCAACUAGCUGAAUUUUCAGUCUGGUCAACUGCCUUUGCUACAUGUCUUCAUUUUUGGAUUACCUUCUUGAGAAAGGGACACAGGUACAGGGAGCAGAUGAGGGGAUGUUUUCACAUGUGUUAGCCAAGCCUUCCUGUUUCAGGUUGAGUUAUUCACCCUAGUGUUUUACUCCUUCUUGUGUCAAUGCCCUUUUCCAUGUAAUCUUGAAGUUCUUUCCACUACAUGUGGAAUGUACUUUUCUAUCCCUUGACUUUGGCCUCAACCGUAUGACUUGCUCUGGCUGAUGGAAUAUGAAUGGACAUGACAGCUUGCUGAUUAGAGCCUAAAACUUAAGGGACCUCAUGUGUCUCUUGCCUCUUGUGUCCCUUUCGCCAUCAUGAGAUGAUGUCCCUAUCACCUGGGCUGUAGAAUGACACACGUGGAGAACUUCACCUGCCCCUCCCCCCCCCC